GUGUUGCGGCUCGUGUCCCGUAAGCGGUGACGGGGUUCUGCCCCUCAGGACUCCACAGCACCCGCCUUGACAGCUGGGCAACCAUUGUUUGCUUGCCCUUUUACAACACUUGACCCGCCCACUAUUUCUCCACGAAAUCCAUACCGUACAACGACACCCACACCCGCUCAAAAUUAUCAGCCCGGCCUACGCGGACUGUUGAGCUUCCCAUACCCCGCGAACUCAACUCUCCAAACCGCAGCCGGGAGACGUCCGCGACACCAUGUCGAACCAGAGCAUUCUGAGAAUUACCCGCGAACUGGGCGAGAUCCAGCGUGGCUCCGACCUCUCCAUAGCUGUAGCCUGUCGCGAUAUCGACGUGCGCCAUGUGCGGGCACUAAUCAUCGGCCCACCUGACACCCCAUACGAGUUUGGCUUCUUCGAAUUCGCUGUCAAGUUCACCCGAGACUACCCAACAAAGGCGCCGAGUGUGACGGCUAUCACUACGCAUGGUGGGCGCACGCGUUUCAACCCCAAUAUCUAUGCGGGUGGGAAGGUGUGCCUGUCAAUCCUUGGCACAUGGCGAGGAGAGCGUGGGGAAGAGUGGUCAUCUGCCCAGGGACUCGAAUCUAUCCUCAUCUCUAUCCAGAGCCUCAUGUCCAGUAACCCAUAUGAGAACGAGCCUGGUUUCGAGGACGCCAACUCAGACUACGACAAGAAGAACCAGGAGGCAUACGUUGACAAGAUCCGUCACGAAUCCUUACGCAUAUCAGUCAUAGACCGGCUUGAAGAGUAUCUGGGCAUCAGCUGGGGGAGGUCGGGCCCAACCGUGUACAAUGCGGAAGAGGACUAUCAGUCUAGCAGGGACGACGCGCCGUUUGAACCCUUCAAGGACCUCUGCAAGCGACGCUUCCUGUGGUACUACCAGUCGUAUCUGGCUCGUGUAGAUGAGGCGGCGAAGAAGAACAAGGAUGGUGAACGAUUCGAGAAGAUGCCCUUCGAGGGACCAGGCAACGCAAUGGAGGGUACAUUCCAGUACACACAACUCCGAGAGCGGCUCGUAAAGAUCUUCGAGACCCUUAACAAGGAGAUGGAGGCUUGGGCUGCUGAGGGAAUGGCCGCUGUUAGGAAGGAGAUGAGCAUCGCCAACAAUCUCCAGCGCCAGUAUGAGCAGAUCAUUGAAAAGUACAAGAAGCAAGACGCCGUCACACUGGACCUUGAUCUGGUGGACAAAAAUCCAUUCGUGUGGCAGCUGGUCCUCUUUGGCAGGCCUAUGACCAACCUUGACGGUGGCAUGUUCAGAAUCAUGCUGUACAUUAGCCCGAAGUUUCCUGAGGUCCUACCCCGCGUGAGGUUCGAGACACCAGUCCUAUACCACCAUCGCGUGUCGCCUGAUGGCAUUCUCUGCUACGACGCUGCCCGUAAGGAUGACAUGCGAUCACACAUCGAGGCUAUCAUUGCUGCUAUCGAGGAGGAAUCGCCUGCAUACGACCCACGCACGCUGGUGAACCCUGAGGCUGCGAAGCUCUUCUGGGGUACACCAGAGGAGAAGAAGCUCUACAACCGCAAAUUAAGGCGGUCUGCACAAGACAGUGCUGAGUAAGUUCAUGGUCAAGUAAAGCUAGGAUGCUCGCUGACAGCCGUGUAGGAACUGUUUCUAGGAGGAACAAGGUGGAGUAAUGAUAUAACGGCCGACUUCAUCAGACAUGAUAUUACAUGAUACCCCAAGUCCGACCCCGUGGUCCUGGCUUGCAUUAUAUGGCGUUCAGUGGGGAUUCUGGGCACAACAGCAUCGGUAACGGCGUUAGUCAUCAAUGACAUGCUAUUUCAUUGA